GAAAAGCAAACAGUAAUACAAUUAUAAAUGUCAGUAUAAAUUUUUUUCCGUAAUAAAAUACAAAUUUCAAGAGUUUUUUAUUAUAUUUUCGUUUGAUUUAAAAAAAAUUAUUGGAAAAUAUACAAAAAUCAUGUCCAAUUUCUGUAAAGACUGUGAUCGUUUGCAAAUCAAACCCAAUGGCACUGCCCCCGAAAGAACCCAAUUCCAGCAGCCCACUAAAUACGACCAUUAUAAUAAUUUCCAAAAAUUCAAACAAUCCAAAGAAGAGGAACAUCUCAUCAAUCAACGCAAGGAAGAACUUUUAAAAUUUAAUUCCAACUUUACGCACUCCCACCUAAAAGAGGGCCAAAAUUCGGAGAAUCAUAAUAAUCUUGAGGAGGAUUUAGAAGAUGACGGUAAAUCUUUGGAAAAACGUAAAUCUCUUUUGUCCUUAAAUCGCACACCUGUCCAGUGUCCUAUAAGUGUUUGCCAACGUACACUAGGUGUUACUUUUGUAUUGUCGCAUUUUUUGCGUGAUCAUAGUGAAGAUUUUGGGGUUCCUUGUCAGGAGAUUUAUGUUGGCAAACGUUCGACGUUGGUAUUUGAUGUGACGAACUUGGAUUUUCGCAAGAAUGUUUGUUUGGGUAUUUUGGCGUACGGAGGAGAUGCGAAUGAAAGCUCCUCGCGACCCACCGAAAGAGGUCUCUGCAUAAACAAUGCCUUUCUACCCAAACCCUACGAACAGCUAUCUUCGCAUCUACCCAUUCUCAUAAUGGCCUGUCGCACAUCAUGGUCAGCACUUUUGAAUACUAAAGAAAAACUAGAAGGCAAUAUACACAAUCCGAAUUCAUUAACACAAGAACUUUUGGUGGUUUGGUUGGCCAGUGUACAAACAGUAAAACCCAUACACUGUACUGUUACAGUUUAUGACAAGGCAAUGACUUCCUCACGUAGCGCCAUAAUGCAAAUUAGAGAUUUAAAUAAUACCCAGAAUCCACAAGAAUUUAUGCUAAAGGAAACAAAUUGUAUUCGUUUGAGUCAUGGGGAGAUAAAUAUAUUGUCGCAGCAGCGAGCGGAAUGCAUUCACAUGGAGAUAAUGGUUAAUGAGUAUUAAUUAAUAAAGAAAUUUAAAUGUGAAAC